AUGGACAGUCAAUCAAGCAAACUGGUUAGUAGGACAACUAAAGAGAAAUGCUCACGUUCAGAACGACAAUUCUCAUCUCCAUUAAAGAAUAGUUUUGAAUUUAAUGCACAGAGUUGGAGAUGGAAACAAGCAUAUUCUUUUAGGAAGAAUGCGAUGUUGAAAAGGAAAGUUCUGAAAGUGUUGGCUGCAUCUGAUUCUAAAGAGAAACAAAAAUACCAUGAAGAUUUACUUCCUGAAUUGAUGUUGCAAACCAAAUAUGUUAUUGAUUUAAGUCUCAAUUACCUGCUUGUGUGCCCGAAGCGUUUAGGCUAUCAAGGAACCCAUAUAAAAUAUUUGGAUUUGUCUCAUAAUAUGAUCAGUUUUAUCCCUGAGGAGAUUACCUUGUUGAAAGGGCUUGAAUAUUUCGAAGUUUCCAAUAACCAUUUGUCAGAACUUCCUGAAAAUAUUGGCCUUCUUUCCAACUUGAAGUAUAUUGAUGUCCAUCAAAAUAAACUUAAAUGUUUACCAGAUUCCAUUGGAUCGCUUAAAAACCUGAAAGAACUGAAUAUUCGAAACAAUGAACUCGGACAAUUACCUGCAAGUAUUGGCUCAUUAUACAACUUAUUAGAUAUUUAUGCUGGCCACAAUAGACUAGAAAAUCUACCAGAGGAAUUAUUCAAUAUACACUCUUUGGAGGAACUACCUCAUAGAAUUGGAAACUUGCGCAAAUUGGUGCUGUUGGAUGUGUCCAAUUGCCAACUGAGCAAUCUACCUAUUCAUAUUUUGAAGUGUGAGGCUCUUUCUCACCUAAGGGCCAAUAAUAAUCACUAUCUUGGACAUUCAUGA